CAAGUGCCAUUCCACUGAUUGAAUCUGUGAGGUUGCGAUCCCUUGCCAUUAACCAUGAGCGCUACUCCCGUAAAGCCACGUAUCCUAGCCCUCUUCGAUGUUGAUGGGACACUGACGAUUCCUCGGGGUGAAAUUACCCCUGACAUGAUGGCGUUCAUGAAGGAUCUCAGCAAGAAAGUGACUGUUGGUAUUGUCGGAGGAAGCGACUUGCCUAAACAGGAAGAACAGCUCGGGACUGGUAUUGUCGACGUGUUUCCGUGGAAUUUUUCGCAAAAUGGUUUGGUCGCGUACAAUAAAGGUCAGCUAUUGGAGGUGCAGACCAUUGCUAAAUUUCUGGGGGAAGACAAUGUGAAGCGCAUCGUCAAUUGGGUUUUAAAGUAUUUGGUAGAUAUCGACAUUCCUGUCAAGCGUGGAACUUUUUUUGAAUUUCGCAGUGGAAUGUUUAACAUUUCGCCUAUUGGUCGUAAUUGCUCCCGAGAAGAGCGCAACGAAUACGAAAGAUUUGAUUUGGAAAACAACGUCCGCAAAAAAAUGGUGGAAGCCAUGGCCAAAGAAUUUGCUGACUUGGGGUUGACUUAUUCCAUUGGGGGCCAAAUUUCGUUCGAUUGCUUUCCGAAGGGAUGGGACAAGACCUAUUGCCUAAAGUUUCUAGAUGCUAGUGAAUUUGACGAAAUUCAUUUUUUCGGUGACAAGACCUUCGAAGGAGGCAAUGAUUUUGAAAUCUUUUCGCAUGAGCGAACGAUCGGCCAUACUGUCACUUCCCCCGAUGACACGAAAAAUCAAUGCACUAAGCUAUUUAUGUAAUGAAAAGACGUUUUCGAGCCGCGCGAUAAC